AUGGGUCAUGACGCCAUGAAGCGGCAAUGUGAUACACUGUUCGUUAGGUUCCAUCUAUGUGGCAUAUCAAAUCCGGAUAUGUCCGGAAAGCGAUCGUUUAGAAUGCUUGAAUGGUACAACUAUGUGGGAAGAUCUUGGAUAUCUUUGAAGGGUAUUAUGGAAAAACUGCCUAAAUUACCAAAGCCUUAUUAUGGUUCUCUGAGAUUGGAGAAUUGUGGCGGAAAGAUUGUGCUUUUAUGGGUGCAAAAUGUGUGCUCUAUUUGUUCUACGAAGGAGGAGAAGAGGAUAUGGUGUGCUGAGAUUGCGCUUGAAAAACGUAGCAUACAAGAGAUUUGUGGGAAGGUUAAGUGGUGUGACGUUGUGCUUACGGUCCCCAAGUCAUGUCCACUAGAACAACUCUUUGUUGCUACUAUUUGA